GGGGCGGCCUCGCCUUCCUGCUCGAGGAGGUUUGGGGUGAGAAAUUCGCUUUUGCCGCUGUUUUCUUCCACCCCCCCCCCCCCAAAAAAAAAAAAAAGCGGCGAGCCCCGGGUGGCAGCAGAGCAGCGGGGCAGGAGGGGCAGCUGAGCUGCAGCCGGGCCCAGCCCUCGCCCCACGGCUCCUGCCGGGGCUGCAGGACCCCAAAACGGGGUGAAAAGAGGCCGAUUCUGCCAACUUCACCCCAAAAACGAUGGCGGAGCCGCCCGUGGUGCCGGUGUUCUGCACCGGCGUCUCGGCGCAGGUGCGGCGGCAGCGGGCCAAGGAGCUGGGGCUGGGCCGGCACGACAACGCCGUGCGCUACCUGGGCCAGGAUUUCGGGCAGCUGGCCGAGGAGUGCCGGCGCUCCGGGACCCUGUUCCGGGACCCCGCUUUCCCCCCGGCCGCCACCUCCCUCGGCUUCCGCGAGCUGGGCCCCGGCUCCUCCAAAACCCGCGGCGUGCAGUGGAAGAGGCCCACGGAGCUGUGCCCGCGCCCGCAGUUCAUCGUGGACGGCGCCACGCGCACCGACAUCUGCCAGGGAGCGCUGGGUGACUGCUGGCUGCUGGCGGCCAUCGCCUCGCUGACGCUCAACGAGACCCUCCUGCACCGCGUGGUGCCGCACGGGCAGAGCUUCCAGCAGGGCUACGCCGGCAUCUUCCACUUCCAGAUCUGGCAGUUUGGCGAGUGGCUGGACGUGGUGGUGGACGAUUUCCUGCCCACCAAGGACGGGAAGCUGCUCUUCGUGCACUCGGCCGAGGGCUCCGAGUUCUGGAGCGCGCUGCUGGAAAAAGCCUACGCCAAGGUGAACGGCUGCUACGAGGCGCUGUCGGGCGGCAGCACCUCCGAGGGCUUCGAGGACUUCACGGGCGGCGUCACCGAGUGGUUCGACCUGCGCCGGCCCCCGGCCGACCUCUACCAGAUCAUCCUCAAGGCGCUGGAGCGCGGCUCCCUGCUCGGCUGCUCCAUCGACAUAACGAGCGCCUUCGACAUGGAGGCGGUGACCUUCAAGAAGCUGGUGAAGGGCCACGCCUACUCGGUGACUGGCGCCAAGCAGAUCCCGUACCGCGGGCAGGCCCUGGAGCUCAUCCGGAUGCGCAAUCCCUGGGGAGAGGUGGAGUGGACGGGCGCCUGGAGCGACGGCUCGGCCGAGUGGCACGCGGUGGAGCCGGCGCUGCGCCAGCAGCUCAUGGUCAAGAUGGAGGACGGGGAAUUCUGGAUGUCCUUCCGGGAUUUCCUGCGGGAAUUCACCCGCCUGGAGAUCUGCAACCUCACCCCGGACGCGCUGCAGUCCCGCAAGUUCCGCAAGUGGAACACGCGGCUCUACGACGGGACGUGGCGGCGCGGCAGCACCGCCGGCGGCUGCCGCAACUACCCCGCCACGUUCUGGAUCAACCCCCAGUUCAAGAUCCAGCUGGAGGAGGUGGACGAUGACAGGGACGAGGACGGCGGGCGCGAGCCGGGCUGCAGCUUCCUGCUGGCGCUGAUGCAGAAGCACCGGCGCCGCGAGCGCCGCUACGGCAAGGACAUGGAGACCAUCGGAUUCGCUGUCUAUGAGGUCCCUCCCGAGUACGUGGGGAGGUCGGCCGUGCACCUGAAGCGCGAGUUCUUCCUGGCCAACGCGUCACGCGCGCGCUCCGAGCAGUUCAUCAACCUGCGCGAGGUGAGCACGCGCUUCCGGCUGCCGCCCGGCGAGUACAUCGUGGUGCCCUCCACCUUCGAGCCCAACAAGGAGGGCGACUUCGUGCUCCGCGUCUUCUCCGAGAAGAAAGCUGGCACCGAGGAGAUGGACGACAAGAUCCAGGCCACGCUGCCGGACGAGAAAGUGCUGAGGGAGAGCGAAAUCGAUGAGAACUUCAAGCAGCUCUUCAAGCAGCUGGCGGGGCCGGACCUGGAGAUCAGCGUCACCGAGCUCCAGACCAUGGUGGUGGUGUCAUUGAGCAUCUUCCGCAAGUUCGACCUGGACAAGUCGGGCUCCAUCAGCGCCUACGAGCUGCGCCUGGCGCUGGAGGCCGCAGGGUACCGGCUGAACAAGAGGCUGCACGAGCUGCUCAUCACCCGCUACGCCGAGCCCGACCUGGCCCUGGACUUCGACAGCUUCGUCUGCUGCCUCGUGCGCCUGGAGACCAUGUUCCGGUUUUUCCAAGCCAUGGACGUGGACCAGGAUGGCGUCGUCACCUUCGACCUGCUGCAGUGGCUCCAGCUCACCAUGUUCGCCUGACCGGACUCUCCAAGUGCCUUCCAGGACCCCGCGCCGGUUUUUCCCUUUUUUUAGCUUUUUUCAGCAGAAAAGGCUGGAUGGGGGGGUGGGGUGGGGGUCACACGGGACCCCCCCCGAGCUUUGCCAAAGCCCCCUGUCCCUCCCUCACCUCACGCUCGGCCCUUUUGGGACAAAUCCUCUGGAUUUUGGUGCCUCUUGUGCUGACGGAGCCCCGGCCGUCGUCCUUUGCUUCAGGGAUCUGCUGCCCCCGGGUGCCAUAAAGUGGUUUUUUAUUGUAUAAAUU